GAUAUUACCACCAGAGCAGUGAUCACGUUCUCUUGAACUGUUUCACUUCCUGUUCUUAUUUGUUCCUGACCGUCUCUGUGAAGCAGGACAGCUCUUCACCUCCAUUAGCGUAUCAUCGCUCCACCGCAACACGAGUGACAUGCUUUACCUGCUAAUGGCCCCCCAGUGGCUGAGCUGCACCACUGCAGCAUUUCUGCUCUUAGUUCACAUCACCCCGGUCGUCACUCAGUCCUGCAGCGGGGGAAUCCCAGGGAUCCCUGGGAUACCAGGCAGCCAUGGGCCCAACGGCAGGGACGGUCCCCCAGGAGAGAAGGGAGACCCUGGUGAGACAGGUGAGCCUGUCAGGGGCCAGAAGGGGUUGCCAGGUCUGUGGGGCCCCCCAGGACGGCCUGGGCUGAAGGGGGACUUGGGUCUUUCGGGGCCUCCCGGUAGUCCAGGCCAGCCAGGUGAGAAGGGACGGCCCUUCAACCCUUCCAACCAGCAGAAAUCCUUCUUCUCCUACAAACGGGAGAUAUCACACUCACCAGAGAUCGACACCGCCAUCAACUUCAACAAAGAGAUUUUGCCGGAUCUGGAUCAUCAGUAUCAAGGAGAAUCCCUGACAAACGGGACGUUCACAUGCACUGUCAGAGGCAUCUAUUUCUUCAGUUAUCACGUCUCAGCAAAGAGCAGAGUGUGUCUGACGCUGAUGAAGGGCAGCGAAAGUCACAUGACGCUGUGCGACACGUCUGAGGGCUUCCUGGUCACCUCCGGCUCGGCGGUCCUGGAGCUGGAGGCCGAAGACACGGUCUCGCUGCAGGCGACCAGGUACAACAACAUAGUGACGACCCAGAGCAGCACCAGUCACACCUUCACCGGCUUCCUGAUCUCUUCCACCACAUAGAGCCCCGACCUCCCGUCCAUUCAAUCACUGCUGACAUCAUCACAUUUACAGCGAUUAACUGUGUUUUCUGUAAUAGUGCAAAAAUCUGCAUAAUUAAUAAAGAUUGACUCAAUAGUGUCUCUGCUGCCUUGAAGUGCUAUAUCAGUGUGUCAUUUACAUUACUGAUUGUCCAAAAAUAUACCAUUUUAGCUAGCUUUCCAAUAGACUGUUUUUUUUUUGUUGUUGCUUUUAAUCCCAGUGGAAUAAAUCCGCAACAGUGAACAAUUCACCAGCUUUAUUCAGUUGUUUUAGAACAUUUUAAAGGUACAAUCUGUGAUCCAAAUAUAAACAACUUGUUGCCCCACCAUCAAAAAUAAAAUGAAAACAACACUGAAACCUA